AUGAUAAACGAGUCUCCCUACCGCGAGUAUUUCGGAUUUUCCCAAUAUAUUGCGGUUACUUUUACACUAUGCUUCAUUCUAGUCUGGUCUUUGCUGCCAGAUUUGGAAGUCUUCAAAACAAGUCAGCAUAGUGUGAGAAACGAUGUUAUCACCUUUACACAAGAACUAGUUGAUUUACUGCCGUCGCGUUACUGGAUUGCAGUGAUCGAGUGCAUAAUACUCAUGGGUAUGCUCUUUAGUUAUCUUGGGCUAUUAGCUUAUAACGAAGACAUACUCACUGUUCCCCUUCACGACAUGAGAACAUUUACAGAUUCUCGUGCCAAUGUCGUCCAGUGUUCUUCGCACCAAGAAUUUCUCGAUAAAUACGCAUAUCAAGAGACAAGCGGGGUACUGGAUUUGCCCAUUACAGAAGUCUGCAAGGUUCUCUAUGAAGCACAAUAA